CCAUUGUGCGAAGAGUGCGUCUUCAUUGAACCUCUGUGCCGCGAAACAAUAUAGACUACAACGACAGACAUGAUUUGCUAGUACACAAUGUCGCAAACUAAAAUCACGGCUUCACAGCCGGCGCAGGCUACGAUGCCUGCUCAGAGCUCCUCGAAGUCUCCGACGACGUCGCGGCCGCGAGGCCCCCCGUUGCACAAGAUUUACGAGCUGCCUGCUCCCAUACGGACAUUUCCGCUUCCUAGCUUUUAUCCGAAUAAUCCAAUUUCUCUAUUCCAUGUCCUUUUCGCAUGGACAAAACAAGCCUUGUUCCCACCGCCUGCUGAACCGUUCAUUGUGCACGAGGGUCUCUGGUCCCCAGAAUCCAAAUCUGUCAACAUCAUAGACGAAAAGUCCAUGCGCGCGCUGUGGGAACAAGGGUUCUACGGCAAGGGCAACUUGAGUCGAAGUGAGCCCAACUGGUUGAAGCGCGAGCAUGUCAGGCGAGGACUGGUGCCGGGCCAGGUCAGCGAGCUGGUAACGGCCAACAGACGUGAAGAGCGAAGGCAGAUGAAGUGGGAGAGAGCCAAGACAGAGCAAGAAGCCAUCAGACAACUGCGAAUCCAGGAAGCCCAGUUGGCGACUCAGGCGUCAGAAGAUGGCGUAGUCAACUCUGCUGCCCUGGUCGCAGAGGCUGGCGCCAUCCUUGAUGCAACGAACAAUGAUGAUCCUGAGCGAGAAGCCUCGACAGACGCGGAUAUCCUGCCUGAGCCACUUGUUUCCCUUGAAUCAGCGCUUGCCGCCAAGUCCAGCCACCAAAAACACGGUGUCGAUACGAUUACAGUGGCGCCCGUCGCCGAGCCUGAGGCUAUCGGCCAAAUCUCUACCGAACCCUCGACCUUCCAAGAGACACCUACUAUUAUCGAGCCGGCUAAGUUUGUCAAGCCCAGUGACUUCCUUCAUUCGAUCCAGGAUCCGGAGGCUGUCAUCGAAUCCGGAAACGCUUUGUCAGUGGAUCAAACGCCUUCGUCGCCUCCUCUUGUCGCACCCGUGGGCCCAUUGCAACUGCUGUGCCUUCCCAACUCGCAUGUUCUGUCUGCGACAGCAAACUCAACUGAGAUUGAGAAGUUGAAUGGUGGUGCUCAGCAAGUCAAUGGCCUCCACGAGCCUACGGCAUCACAGGAAGUUGGCUUUGGUUCCUUCGAGCUGCAAGCCAAGGAACCACUCGUCAACGGCAUCUCAACUGUAUCAGCGAUUGCGUCGCCGGUUGGACCCCUGGAGCUUCUAUCUCUUCCCAACGCCGAGCCUAUCGCCAAUGGGACGAUGAACGGCGACCAUGUCGCGGUGAUGAAUAUCAUCGAGAGCCCCCUGGCCGACACUACCCCCUCCGAAACACCAAAGCUUUCGACGAUUCACGAAGACGUGGGCUUGAACGGUCACCUGAUAAACGACUUGAUAACGAAUACCAAUGGUGACAAGAUGCUUCAUCAAAACGGGUUGAACGGGGUGGCAAAAUCCGCUGUCAGCUCUACCGAGAUCCCAUCAACACCAAAGUCGGCUAAACGCCGCAAGAGCGUUCGCUUCUCGCCCAAGGUCGAGUCAGCCACAUAUCAGCUGUCCGACCCGCCUAGCCCCAGCCUCGCUCUCUUCAACGGCAACAAUGGAAAGGCGACACCGCUUGUCAAUGGCACGCCAUUGGGCCUUAGCGUCUUGGAGACAGAUGUGGAAGAGGCGACUGAAUCUGACGAUGUUAAGAAGCUCGAGAAGCUACCCGAAAUUCCUGCGGAGCCAGUCGAGGUCGUGAACAAGGAACACCUCCAGCUCACAUCCGAGGAAGCGUUCUUCCUGGCUUUCGGCAUGGGCGCUCUUCGAGUUAUCGACCCUGCCACCAAGACUCCGAUCCCUACUCUCGAGCUGUUCGACCUCUUCAGACAGUACUCUUACUUCCCCCGUCGCCCCACCGAAGAGCUCCAGCCGGACGAUGGAUUCUUGGUGAAUUAUGCCGUGUAUCAUCACUUCCGGUCCUUGGGAUGGGUUCCCAGAGCAGGUAUCAAGUUUGGCGUCGACUGGAUGAUGUACGCCAAAGGACCAGUGUUCGAUCACGCAGAAUUCGGCGCCAUCCUCCUGCCAUCCUAUUCCCACCAAUGGUGGAAGGAUAGUGACCGCAAGAUCCCGCGUAAGACCUGGCACUGGCUUCACGGGAUCGUCCGUGUCCUCUCCCACGUCCAAAAGAGCUUGGUUCUGGUCUACGUCGACAUUCCGCCGCCUCCCCAAUUAGACGAGACGAUGAAGAAGGGGCCGGCUGAGGUCUUUAAGUUGUACAAGAUUCGCGAAGUUAUGGUUAAGCGUUGGUCAAGCAACCGCAACAGAUGAAUUCCCGCAUUUCAUAUUCACGAUCUGGGCGGAUGUUGGAAAAGGGCAUAAAAAAGUUUGGAGGCGAAUGAUACAAGCCUGGUCUUGGGCAUGGGUUGGCAGUGCUUACCAUGCAUGGGGAUCCAUGGUGUAUACGAGUAUUGGGGAGUGUCUAUGCUGGCAUAAGCAUUGGACACAUUGUAUGAAUAAAACGGAAGACUCGGACUACGGCAUAUUCGGCGACAGCAUGCCAUGCCUUUCUUGCUACAGUAGAAUACCCCACCAUGAAUAUAAGAUGAUGAUGAGGCAAUCUAUCCUGUCA